AAUACCAGCAAACACAUUGGACAAAAAUGAAAAGAGUAUGUAUACAAAAUGAUUGACUUAAACAAUUCCUCUGGAUUUGCUAUGCAGGCUUCCUAACUUUAGUCGUACCUCAAAGAUUCCUCAUGAACAGAAAACACUGAGGUCCAGUUCAGCAUCAUAUAUAUCUGUUAUUAUCUCUACGGCUGUAUAAACCCAUAACCCUGUAUGUAGCGAUGUAUAUGUAGAGCCGCCCACUCAAGGCUUCAACACGCUGUGUUUCUAACCAGGUUCUCUGGAGGGAGAGCCAUCCAGCCUGUGGCUCUCAUGAUCAACACCCGAUACUGCUUAUAAAAACUACCAAGUACAACAUUGUGCAGUUCAUCAGAAAUCAGAAGUUCAUGCAGCACUUCCAGAAGAAGCAGACAGCUGCACAUAUACAUACACAUGUGGACACAUCAAUCAGACAUAGGUUAAAACCUUUGAUAUAAAAAAAGCACAAUUCUUCCUUCAGUUGUAGUCCUACUAGCACUUUGUUGAGCAUGAUUAUGAAUUUAGACUAGUAAUACAGGUCUACUUUAGGGCGUAGCUUCAAAAUAGCAGCGAGAAUGUCAUGGGUCAGGUCAGUAUCAGGGAGAUUACAGCUUCUGUCUCUGGGCCACGUGAGUUUGCUAGAGACAUCAUAUUUACGAUAGACCGCUCAACGAGCUUCACUGGAUACUAAUAACUUAAUGGAAUUGCUUGCCCUAACACGUGACACAAAGGUGAAUACUCCUUAAAUUGUGUGUGUUUGGGGGGGAGUAACCAUAGCUCAAAACAUGGCAUUGCAUGGUAUUUAUAGCUGUUGUUUUUCUCAAUUAUAAAUUAGUCACAGAAUAGGUUUGAGCUGUGUGCAAAAUCCUGUAAUGGUCACCAGACUGACAGCUUAUGGUUGUUCAGGUUUCACAACUAAAUCACAAUGCUCACUAAGAGACUGUUCUCACUGGCAUAAUCUGGCCUUGUGAUACAUUUCAAAACUCAAGCUUUUUGGUUACAAAACUGUAAUAUUCCCAUGAUUUAUGUACCGUACAUUGAAAGAUAUCUUGUUUUAGCCUUUGGCUGUUUUAUCACACAUACAUUUGUAGAGUUAUUUCCCUGAUCAGUGCAAAGGCCCUGCCAGAGUUAAGAUGACAUGGUUUAGUAGAGAGCUGGGUAGAGGCAGAGAAAAGAUUCUAACUGGAAGUUCAUUUGUCUAACUUCUAAUUACACACAGCGUCCACAGUGAUCGUGCUGUGUCUCGCAUUGGAUAAAAGGGUCUGCUAAAUGUAAAACAUGUCAACGCUUUGUGACAUAAUUCUGCCUCCAGCCCACUUUAGUGUCCCCCAGUCAAAACAGCAACAAAUAACACAAAACGUUUUCAAAAAACAAACUCGAGCUCAUGAACAACCAAGAUAUCUUUCCCCUCUUGAGCAGAGGCUGGUUACCAAACCCCUUUUUUUGAUGAUUAUCAAUUUGUUCCCAAAUCAUAUAAGGAUUGAAGCUUUAAUUGUGGAGUCAUUAUGGUAAAUACGGGUAAUUGCAGGGUUUAUAGACAUUAUACACCCCACAGAUGUCAAGAUAUAUAUCUACAGUUCACCAUGUCAUCCCAUCCACUAAGGGGGUAAUUUUAUAAGUUAAAAGGCUAUUUUGUUGGAGUCUCUGGUGGUUUUUCAAAAUAAAUUGAAAGGAUUUGGAAACUAAAUGUACUGUACAUUUAAAAAAUUACAUCUGUCUUAAAGCUGAAUUUUGAAAUGCACUGUACAGUUUGCUCCUUCAACACUAGGAGAAGUAUUCAAUUCAUUAAUUUACAUUAAUUAUGGUCUAAUAUUGCAAAAGAGACAAAGAGAAGUGCACAAGUGUAAAUGUAUAAAAAGAACGAUACAAUUCAUAGCUUGGUUCGUUUUCAUGUUGUCCCUGUAGGACCUGAGUUUAAGAACCAUUUUAUGAUGUCACACAAUUUAUCUUUUAAAAAGGUGAGAACAAAAGUUUACCAAGGGAUCUGUAUACACUGCAUUUUAUGAGUUCAUCACAAGCUAGCCUUGGAUUCACUUCAUGUUUGACCCUUUGGUUAUUACUUAAAUGGUUGGUUAUUUACAAGAAAUGACUGUUCUUAAUUUUUCUUUUGUUGCCAUACGGCGAGUUUCUGCCUUAAGAAAUACACCUACAACAUCAGUAUAAUAACAAAAAUGUUGUGUCUUUGUGCAUCGUUCGGCACAAAGAAAGCAUCUCUUCUUUCCCUCCUGUCCAGCAUGCACCUUACUAACAAGAUGUCUCAGGUUUCUCUGUCAGAUGAGGUCACAAUGGGAGUAAUGAAUCUAAAUGUACCAGUGCCCAUGAAGAAUUAAAUAGAGUAACUGAAACAGGCAUCAUCAUCUCAACUACAUUUCCAACACAUUCUUCUUUUUAUAUGACAUUAAGAAUUAUUAAAUGCCAUGGCGUCAAACCUCAAGAUCAUAGUGCCAGGCCUCUUACUGUAUGCAGGUGUACACAUUAUUAAAUGACACUGUUUUAAUCUAUGUGGCUAGCUCAUUUCAAGGACUACCAGUUUGGUCUGUAUAAAGUGAUCAUGAAAGUAUGGGCGACAACGCUUAAAAUACAAUUUCCUUCUGACCUGGAACUUGAAUUAAUGAAGCUAUCCGAUAUUAACAAGAGAUCUGAACAGAAAGCGCUUUUUACAUCAAUUAACUUAUAAUUGACUAUGAGAAUAUACAAUUGUCGUUACAGUUUUUUGUAACUUAAUAUUAACACAUAGGAUAUGUUUACUAGGCUCGAUUUACGGGCGAAGACCCGAAGGCGCAAUUUGCUAAUUUAACAUAACAAGUGCCUAGCUAUUCAAUAAUCUUCAUAAUCAUUAACAUUAAGUUUAUAUUUAAACCUAUUGUCAAUUAACCUAGACUAGCGUGUAUCAGCUAGCUUUCUAUGCAGCAGUCACAGGAGCAAUUGUAGCAUCACCUGGAGGGAUUUAGCUUGGCUAUAAAGCAAUUCGGUAAACAUUAACUGCAAUAAAUUAAAUUCUACAAUUUGAGAAAUAGACCCUUAAUGUUUUAGAAAUUGUGGCAACGGAAACCUUGGCUGUCAGUCGACCCUGCCCUCCAUAUUUACCAUUCCAUUGACGUGUUGUUAGCAAAUGGUAGCACAAGGGCUGAUCUCUCGCCUAAAGAGGUCAUUCUGUCUACAGUUGCCACUUGUUGCCAAAAGCUUCGGGGCUUCAAGACUCGCAGCGAAUACAUUUUCAACGGGUUAUUUCUUUUAAAUCAAGACGCACACCUCGAUGUUGAAUCAGGAAUUCUCCCUGACAUAAAGAGGACAUAGUUUUGAACUGUUUUGAUAUUUAGAUUCAUCUGACAGGAAAAGCAUGGUUGAUAACAGUAUUGCUACUAAAUCUGCUUUGCAAGCUGCGUUCUCCGCGAGCAACAUUCCGCUCCUCGUCUCCUCUGCCUCAACACACAGUCCCUUCUCCGGAUCCCAGGCCCAUCAGACCAGCGGCGGCAUGAAGCUCGAGGCGGUCAUGGAAAACCUUCAGCGACAACAGGCGGCACGGCUGGCGCUGGAAGAGAAGCUUCGACAAGCAGAGAAAGAGAAAGAUAUCCGUUCCAUGGUCGAGUCGCAGAUACACCAACAAGCCCUUGCCUUCCGCCACUACCAGGCAGCAGUUCGUGGCGCGUUCGUCGCGAACUCUUCUUCGGGGAUGAGCACCACCGAGCGGCAGCUCGCUCUCCCGCACCUGGACGCCCGCAGGCAUUCUGAGCGAGCUGACGACUCAGACAUGGACGAUGAAGAAGGCACCAGAGGCAUCGACGAUAACCACCGGGACAUCGAGGGAGAUGACAUGGAAAACGAGGGGGUCCUAGAUGAUGAGGACGAGGAUGAGGACAUGGAGGGGGCUUUGAGCCACUAUCAGCCCCGCCACCCAAUGCAUCCCGGCGCGGGACACUCUCCACAGAGCACCGCUGCGCAUCUGCUGCCCCGAGCCCCGCCGUCCUUCCCGGUGCCCCGGCAGUCCGGGUCACCUGGGGGAUUGGCAUCGCAAGCACAAUCUCAGCACCACGAGUGGACGUACGAGGAGCAAUUCAAACAAUCAGGAAGAGGCAGCGCCACAGACAGGAAGCUGGGAGUCUCAAGUGCCGGCAUCGCUGGUGGCUCUUCAUCUCUGAUCCAGGAGUUGUAUGAGCUGGAUGAUGACGACAAGAGGAAAGAGUUUUUGGAUGACCUCUUCAGUUUCAUGCAGAAGAGAGGGACUCCAGUGAAUCGGAUUCCUAUCAUGGCCAAGCAGGUGUUGGAUCUCUACACACUCUACAAGCUUGUCACCGAAAAAGGAGGCUUAGUGGAGGUCAUCAAUAAGAAAAUAUGGCGCGAGAUCACCAAAGGCCUCAACCUCCCUACCUCUAUCACCAGUGCAGCUUUCACUCUCCGAACACAGUAUAUGAAGUACCUCUACCCAUACGAAUGUGAAAAGAGGGGACUGAGCUCCCCUGGGGAGCUCCAGGCAGCCAUCGACAGCAACCGGCGGGAAGGCCGCCGGCAGAGCUACGGAUCGGCCAUCUUUAACUACUCCCCCGUGGGCACCCCCACCCUCCUCUCCUCCCCCAAGAUGCAGAUGUCCCACCUGAGCAUGGCCAACGGCGGCCACCUCUCCCAGUCCCCGGUCAUCAAGAAAGAGGAGCCCAUGAUGGGAGGCUGCCUGGCCAGCCGGCUGCCCCUGUCCCUGGGAGGGCACCACGCCGCGGCCCAGGCCGUAGCGGCCCAGGCGGCCGUCCAGGCUGCCGCCCUGGAGCAGCUCAGGGAGAAGCUGGAGAGCGGAGAGCCACCAGAGAAGAAGAUGAUGAGGAUGGCGGAGGAGCAACAGAGGCUGAUGCAGAACGCGCUGCAGCAGAACCUGCUAGCGAUGGCCACUCAGCUGCCUAUGAACAUCAAGCUCAACAACAGAGAUGAUAGACAAGAGACCGCAUUGAACCUGUCUACCAACGGCAUUAGCAGCAUCAACAUGUCAAUAGAAAUAAAUGGAGUUGUCUACACAGGUGUCCUGUUUGCUCGGAGACCAACCAUUCCAGGAAUGCCAGGCGGUCACCAAGGCAACCACACCAGCUCUCAGGAAAAGACCAGUCCAUUGCCCUCACAGAUCCAGCCGCCCUGCUCCUCUGCAUCCUCAACCUCCUCCUCAUCCUCAAUCCAUGGACUUGGAAACUCCUCUCCCUGAGCCCCCUGCCUCCUCCCCCAUCCGCCUAGCCCCCCUUUCCCAUCCUUUCCCAAGACAACAAGCAGUCUGAGAUAUUUUGAGAGAGACUUUUUUGUUUUCAAAGCUGGCUUUUUACCCUGUCCCUCCCUUCCUUUUCACAAGCCCUUAUUCCAAAUCGAAAGAAUUUAUAGGAAAACAACGUUUUUAUUUAUAGGGAAGAAAAAAUAAUCUGUAGAAAGAAAUAAACGAUCUCGUUCGUACUCUGCGCCUCAUCCGAGCUCUGAAUAAUGAUGUAUGUAGAGGACCUUUCACCUUUGUGUGUGUAUGCGAAUGAAAUCGCUGUUAUUCGGUUUCCUGAGACCAGCUGCUCGAUUUGGAGCAGUUUCAUUGAACGUGGAGUGACUCGUCGAUGCGGUGACACCUCGGCCACCAAAAACAACGGGACUUUGGCACCGAGGCAAGAGGACACUGACUCUCUGCUGCGAUGCCUACAGACAACCAGGCAGCUUGCCCUUUGACCUCAAGCUAAACAGGAACUGGUUGAUCUACUGGGUAUGUUACCCCUUGGCUUUGGGAGUAUGUCUUGCCACUCGAAAGCACAGACCUCUGAUUAAUACCUGUGUUAUUUUCCAAAUCAGUAAAUGUUGCUGCUUUGAGCUUAUACCAAAGAAGAAGCUUAUAUGUUGAGCUUAAGAGAAGCGCAUAGCAUAAAAAGAGAGAGCGAUAAUACAAAAUGAUCAAACUAGAGUAAUAUCAUUAAUAUUUCAUUCAAAGCAUAUCCCACAGAAUCAAGGAAUUGUAGUUUGUUCUUAUAUAGAGAAGAUGUCACCAUGGUGAUGUUAUCUAUUGAAGAUGUGGGUUUAAACACAAUAUCUGAGUUAAUAUGCACAUUGUAUAUGUUUGAAACUGUGGAACAAGACAUUGAGGGCCUCAUUUACUAACAUUGUGACCGCAGCUUAAUCAGCGCUUUUGCCCAACAGCAAAUAACGCACAGUGUAUUUAUGCAUUUUGCGUGGUAUUUAUCAAACCAGAUCCUCGUCGGGCAAUCAGCGUCUUAGUCCGCCCUUUAGUGUUAAUUA